AUGCCGCGCUCUAGCGGUUGCUUUAGAUUUUUUUUCGUCAUUUUCAAUUUCUUCGUAUUUUUGAAAUGCUGUGGUGCAUAUGGUCCAGGUGAUUGGAGGGAUCCAUACGAAUUCUGCUGCAGGUCUGGAAAGAUUUGUUUUCGAGCUCCUAAACUGGGAUGCGUCCAGGCAGCCGGUAAAGUCUUGACGGAAAAUAGACUACCUCUCGGAAUCACCGUCAUGGUACUUGGUAUCAUCGAAAUCGGCGCCGUUGCGUGUGCAGCGACUUUGGCAAGACGGUUUCGGCGGGUUGGCCCUAGAACAGCAUCUGUAACCUAG